AUGGAUAAAAAUAUAGAAACCAACCAAGUUUAAUUAUUCAACUAAUAGGGAUAAGUAGGCUAGAGGAUGUAUAAAGAUGGAAUGGAAUUUUUAUAAAGAUAAAAAAAGAUGUUAGAAGAUGAACAUGCAGAAGAAAUGAAAGAACAUGAAUUCAUUAUUAAAUAAAGUACUUGCUCUGAUCUAGAAGAAUUAGGUUUGGCAGUAAAUAGAUUGAAAUUAAAGUCAGUAAAAACAGGUCUUUAUGGAAGAACAUUAGUUACAUUUGCACAUCCUCAUUAUUCAAUGGAUAAAAUAAAAGAGUCUCCACAGUUAGCUAAAAUGGUUAAGUUGCCAGAAUCGAAAUUUUAAAGUGGUGAUAAUGUAUCAAUUUAUAAACAAUCGCUAACAUUUGAUGGAAAUCCUUUAGAAAAAGGAGUUAUUUUUAAGAAAAAUGAUUACAAAUUUGUUGUUGCAUUUGACGAAGAAGUAAAUGAAAACUAACUCUCUAAUGAAGUUAUUAGUAUAGUUAUGGAAGUAAACGAAGUAACAUAUAAUAGAUUUCUUAAAUGUUUGUAGAACAUAGAAGAGAAAUACAGCGAUGUAAAUUUCAAAGGAUCCCAAUUAUUAAGAGUAUUGCUUGAUGGAUCAGAUCCAACUAAUCCAAAUCCAAAUAUUAAGCCUGUUCAUAUUUUAAGCAAGCCAAUUGUUGACUUUUAUAAGAAAGAUCUCAAUGAAGAGUAAAAAGAUGCUAUUAACUUUUGUCUCUCUUCAUAAACAAUAGGAUUGAUUCAUGGACCUCCAGGUACAGGAAAAACCAUGACAGUAUGUGAAUUAAUUUAUCAAGCAGUUAAAAUGGGACUUAGGGUGUUAGCUUGUGCUGGAUCAAAUAUUGCUGUUGAUAAUAUGGUAGAAAGAUUAGCUAAAACAGACUUAAAAGUAAUGAGAAUAGGUCACCCUGCAAGAAUGCUUCCAACAAUUUAUGAAUAAUGUUUAGACAACAAACUAAGAAAAACAACUUGCUUUAAAGAAUUAAAAGCUUUAAAGCAAAAUAUUAACAAAUAGCUUUAAAAACUACAAAAGGAUAUAAGCUAUGGUGAAAAGAAAGAAAUCAAAAAAUUGCUUACAGAGUUAAGAAAAGAAAUGAGGGAACAAGAAUAACUUAGUAUAAAAGAAGUAAUCUAAGAUACUCAAGUUGUAUGCUGUACUAACUCUGGUGCAGCAGAUUAUAUCUUUAAGAGAGAUUUUGGUAAAGUAGAAUUUGAUUUGGUUGUAAUUGACGAAUGUGCUUAGGCAUUAGAGCUCUCCUGCUGGAUCCCAAUAUUACUAGGUAAAAGAGUUGUAUUAGCUGGUGAUCACAAAUAACUACCCCCUACAAUAAAAUCAAAAAAUUAAGGAUUAUCUGUUACUCUUUUUGAUAGAGUACUAAAGGAAUUCCAGCCAGAAAAUGUUUCCAGACUCUUGAAGGUAUAGUAUAGAAUGAACUAACAAAUUAUGGAAUGGUCAUCUUAGUAUGUAUAUGGCGGCUAGUUAAAGGCACAUGAGUCAGUAGCCACUCAUUCAAUAGGUGGAGAGAGUAUUUUAUUAUUUAUAGAUACUGCUGGUGCUAAAAUGGGAGAAACAAUAAAUGAAAAUGCUAACGAUAAAAAUAAAUCUAAAUCUAAUUUAGGAGAGGCCGAUUUAGUAAAAAUAAUAUUUGAAGAGCUAAAAUUACAAGGACUGCAAGAAAAAGAAGUAGGUGUCAUAACUCCAUACAAUGCACAAGUUGACUUGAUCAAAAAGCUAUUUGAGAAUAAUAAUAUAAACACAUAACAAGUUGAAGUUUCUACAGUGGAUGGGUUUUAAGGAAGAGAAAAGGAAUGUAUAAUUAUAAGUAUGGUUAGGUCUAAUCCCCUAAAUCAAGUUGGUUUCUUGAGUGAUUAUAGAAGAAUGAAUGUUGCUGUGACCAGGGCUAGAAAGUUUGUUUGCUUGAUAGGUGACAGUGAAACAGUUAGUUCCGAUAAAUUUUUAGAUGAGAUGGUCAAAUACUUUUAAGAACAUGGUGAGGUACGUAGCGCCAUGGAAUACGUAGGAAUGCAAGAUGUGCAUUUUAACUGUGGUUUUAUAGAUGAUAAAGCUAAAAAGGAGAUCAAAGCAGAAGGAAACAAAGCUAACUAAUCGGCUCAAUAGUAGAAACCUAAAUCUGAAGGACAAAAAAAGUAAAAAAAUAAAGAGCAGUCUAAAAAAGAUGAUGAUAAGUAGAAACAAUAAAAUGAAAAUGCUAAAAAGUAACCAGAAACUUCUACAAAAAAACAUGAACACUAAGAGUAAGAACCAAGAAAAAAAUUUUCAGAGGAAGAGCUAAAGAGCUAAUAUACAAGAGAAAUAUCUAUAUUCUUAAUGAGUAGUGCCAAAGAACUAAAAUAUGAUUAAAUUAAUAGCUUUUAGAGGAGAGUUUUACAUGAACUAGCUGAUUCUUUCAAAUUAUACCAUGAAAGCAUCGGAACUUCAGCAAUCAAAGAUUUUGUAAUUCGUAAAAUUGCUAAUUCAGAGGGUACUUAAAAAAAUAAAUUGAACGAUAAUGAUAGUAACUCUGACGACGAUUAAGAGGAAAGUAAAUAAAAUAAAGAGGGUGAGGAACAAAAAUAGGAUACGAAGAAUAAAAAGAAGAAUAAAAAGAAAGAAUAAAAAAGCAAAUUACCCUAAGGUAUUUUAAUCGGUACAAGCGAUUCUUCGAAUCAAAAAGCAAAUAGUAGUACUUAGAACAUAAAUUAAUCAGAUGUUAAGUAACCAGAAAAUACGAAGGUAUCUUUGGGAUUAAGCUCAAAUCCAGUAGUACCUGAAGGAGUACAAGGUGAUUAAAAGAAUCAAUACCAAGAAUAUGUGCUAAAAAAAUAGUAAGAAUAAUAGGAAAAGUUAAAGUAAUAACAGUUACUGUUAGAAUAAUAAAAAUAGCAGUAAUAACAAAAAAAAGCUAAUAAGUAAAAGAACAAGGAUAAAAAAGAGAAGAAAGAUGAUGUUGUUGAUGAGUUAGACGACUUGGCAUUCUUAGAAAAGUUAGCUGAAGAAAAGAAAUACUGCAAAUUUUAGCUAAGCAGUGGGAAGAAGUGUGGUGUGUAUGUUGAAAUGCUCGGCAGUGAUUGUAAGUAUUGUGAUUCAAGGUAUUGUAUAAAGCAUGGCUUACCUGAAGAUCAUGGCUGUGGUGAUAAAGUGAAAAAAGAUGCUAGGGAAGCAUUUUAGAAAUAAUUUAUGAUGUAACAUAGAGGAGAAAAGCCCUUGCGUCAAGAUUAGCUUAACAAUUUACAAAGUAGACUACAAGACAAAAUAAAGUAAAAUAUUGAUAGUAGAAAAAUAAAGUAACCUGAAAAAAAUGAAAAAAAGAAGUGA